CGCUUUGAACGCGGCCAGUUCUGUCUAUUGUGUUUAUGUUGAGCUCUGCACAGUUUUCUUGUGAAUGGACGCAACGUCACAGUCAAAGUUUGUUAUCUCUCCUUACGACAUGGACUGGAAAACAUCUUAAAUACCGAUCAUCCGUGCUCAAAUGCAAACAUGAACAAAGGCUGGCUGGAGCUCGAGAGCGACCCGGGGCUGUUCACUCUGCUGGUUGAAGAUUUUGGUGUGAAAGGUUUCCAGGUUGAGGAAAUCUAUGAUCUUCAAAGCAAAUGUCCAAGUCCUGUGUAUGGGUUCAUCUUCUUGUUCAAGUGGAUCGAGGAACGUCGAUCCAGGAGGAAAGUCAACACUUUGGUGGAUGAGACCUCUGUCAUCGAUGAGGAAAUUGUAAAUGAUAUGUUCUUUGCUCAUCAGCUUAUACCGAAUUCAUGUGCCACCCACGCCUUGUUGAGUGUGCUCCUGAACUGCAGUGGUGUCGAGCUCGGCACCACUCUGAGUCGCAUGAAGGCUUUCACUAAAGGCUUUAGUCCAGAGAGUAAAGGUUACGCAAUAGGAAAUGCCCCAGAGCUUGCAAGAGCACACAACAGCCAUGCCAGACCGGAGCCCAGGCACCUGCCGGAGAAACAGAAUGGAAUCAGUGCAGUGCGAACCAUGGAAGCAUUCCAUUUUGUUAGCUAUGUACCCAUCAAAGACCGUCUCUUUGAGCUUGACGGACUCAAGGCUUACCCCAUUGACCAUGGGCCUUGGGGAGAGGAGGAGGAAUGGACUGAUAAAGCUCGGCGAGUUAUCAUGGAGAGGAUUGGACUGGCCACUGCUGGUGAGCCAUACCAUGAUAUCCGCUUCAACCUGAUGGCGGUGGUGCCUGACCGCAGAGUUAAGUACGAGUCCAAACUGGAGAUUCUGAAGAGGAAUCGACAGACUGUUCUUGAGGGUCUACAGAAGAUGAUCCGGCUCACCCAGCCGGAGCUGGUACAAGACAAGAAGCAGCAGGACUCCUCCUCACCUGAUGACAGCACCAAAGUGAUCAAGAAAGAGACAGAUGUGGAGCCAAUUACAUCCAAGGGGGCAUCUACAGGAAACACUAAGGUCAUGGGCAAACCAACAGUCCCCUCUGGAGGAGGUACUCAGCAGGUCACCGGUCCCGACCCAAUUGUUCAACGUCUGCCUGCUUUCCUGGACAACCACAACUACGCCAAGCUUCCGAUGCAGGAGGAGGAGGAUCUCGCUGCUGUAGUUGGUCGCUCUCGGAUAUUGGGGCCUCCCAAACCGCCAUACUCCGAUGAUGAAGACUAUGAGGAUGAUGAGGAAGAAGUAACUGGUUCUGCAAGCACUUCAAACAGGUUUAGGCGGAAAGCAAGUCUGCGUUCACGACCAGGACGGGCUGUGGCUGGAAUGGAAAGCCAGAUUGCUUUGACUGUCUUGGCUGAGAAACUGAAGAAAGAGGCCCAGAAGAAAGAUGCCCUAAAUACACCUCUCUCCGUACGCACAGAGGGCCGAACGGGGGGCAUUUCUAUCACAUCUGCCUCACAGCCCUCCCCCACGCCGAGCAACGAAAGCACCGACACAGCCUCCGAGAUUGGCAGUGCCUUCAACUCCCCACUGCGCUCGCCUGCACGCUCCCAGGCUGCGACGCGGCCGUCCAGUCCGGUUGCCUCCCAUCUGUCCCGUGUGCUGUUUGGGGAAGAUGAAAUGCUCAGGCUGGACUCUAGACAUAACCGUGCUGUGAGAGAACUGGGUCCCUCUGUCAGCCUGGCCAUGUUACACCUUCAGGAGGAUGGAAUCAUCUAUGCUCUGCCUCCAUCUGUAGAUUGUGCUGCUGAGGGUACAAAGCAGCCUGAGAAGAUAAAAGAGGAAGAUCAAGCAGGAGUGGUAGCAGGAGAGAAGGAGGAAGAGAAGCAGGGACCAUCUGUGAAGGUGAAAGAAGAGGAGAACAAAGAUGGAGCAGAGGUGAAACCCAGCAUUGAAAAACUCCCUGCUACGGAUACUGCUGCAGGCAGCAAGUCCGCGGGGGAUAAGUAUUCACCAAAAGAGCUGCUCGCACUGCUUAAGUGUGUAGAAGCCGAUAUCGCAAAUUAUGAGGUGUAUCUAAAGGAAGAAGUGGAAAAGAGAAAGAAAUACAAAAUAGACGAUCAGAGGAGGACACACAAUUACGAUGAGUUCAUCUGCACCUUUAUUUCAAUGCUGGCCCAAGAAGGAAUGUUGGCGAGCCUUGUCGAGCAAAACAUUUCCGUGCGCCGUCGCCAGGGAGUAAGUAUUGGCCGCUUGCACAAACAGAGGAAGCCGGAUCGCAGGAAACGCUCUCGACCUUACAAAGCCAAACGCCAGUAAUCACAAACAAUCAUAACGCCUGUAAGUAACAGAGAAAAAUAAGCUGCUGCACUCCUGAAGUCCUCAUUCAGACGGAUUACUGUUGCAUUUUACUCUCAGCCUCGUCUUGUUCAUGACAUCCACCAUGUAUUUGAUCAGUUCUUUUAUCCCAUGUGUAAAUAUGUACCGCCAUUUUAGACUCAUUGUAAAUUUUCUUCCCGUGCCAAUGCUAUCUACAGUUUGUAAAUAUGAAAAAAAGGCAUGUCCCCAACAAUGCACCUGGAUGCUUUUUAUUGAAACUUCUUCCCUAGAGUCAUGUGGUCAAUACAAUACAGUGGAUUUCUCUUAAACACCUCUGUAAGUCACACACUUUGGUGACCAUACGUCAGAAUCUCUUCAGCUGUGUCCAUCUCUGGUGAUUUCACGGUGCCAAUGAAGUAUUGAAUGUUUUGACAGAAAAGGUCACAUUUUAUUCAUCCACAGCAUUUCAGCCUCACUUUACUUCUUGUAAGUAAUUCACUGUAUAAAAUGAAAGAAAGCAUAUUUUAAUCACAUUCUUCAUAGGUGCUUUUAAUAUCAAGAAGAAGUCAUGAUGCAUCAGGUUUAGUUUUUUUUUCCUUUUCAUUGGAAUGUCCAGUCCACUGAGAGUCUGUAUGUAUAUCUCUCGAGGUCCUGCGAAUGAAAAUCAAGCUCUUGUGUUAUUUUUCUACCUGAAAUGGAUCUCAGAGUGAGUGAAUAUUAGAUUGGUUGUGUGCAGUUGUGUGUUUUGUACAUAUGUAUCUGUUAAUGGCUCACUUGUACAAUGAGUUCAGUCAUUCUUUGUGCUUGCCAAUUCAUAUUAUAAAUAAAGUAGGUGAAAAUACCUCACUAUAAUAAGUGUGUUUGGGUUUU